AUGUCUCCUCUUCAGCAGCCUAUUGGAACUCCGACUUCGCCCUUCGGGUCCGAUUUCCCUAGCAUUAAUUCAUCGUCCUACUAUUCCAUUGACGAUGAGGAUGAUUAUGAAUGGAUGAAUGUUUUGGGUGGGGGUAGUCUUCUGAACGAACCCGUUGAUCAGUCAUCUCCGAGCGCUUUCAGCACCACUUCCGCGAGUGGGAUAAGCGAGUUGAUGCUCAACGACGCUGUAUGGGGGGCUGGCGGAAUUGGAAUCAACUCUACGGGCAGCUCGAUGAACUAUUCUCCAUCGACUGAUUUUACGACUCCGAAUUUCAAUGAUACCCCACCGCCUGAUCCGCUUUCCAUCUCCCCAUCAGGGAUGGCAGCUGGCUUCUCUUCUCAUUACAAUCAGUUUCCGAACCAAGAAGCUCCGCCAGCUGGCCCGAACUCGAUGAGCUCUUGCGGAUCAUCCCUAAUAUCGCUUGCAGCUGAAUCCGUUACCGAAGCCACCCGCGCGGCAUUGUUGACCACCUUGACGCAGCAGCCAGGAUUUAACGCCCAAGCAAACCAACAAAAUUAUCAGAAUUCUCGUAACCAACAACAACGUAGGUACUCGACAUCUGCACAAUCGUCCCCAGUAACUACAGGAUUCACCGCAUCGGUAAAGCAAGCGUCUGCGGUCAAUUUGCCCAGCACCAAGGAGCUUCAGCGCUAUGUUUCCGCCUAUAUCAAGUACUUCCAUCCGCACUUACCAUUCCUACACAUCCCUACCUUGAAUUUCAAUUCUUCUACCUUUACAAGCAGCUACAAGGGUGGGCAACGCAACGGUGGCAUGACUGGUGGCGGUGGGUGUCUCGUUUUGUCCAUAGCCGCAAUCGGAGCCCUUUACGAAUUCGAGCCGAUAAUUGCACGUGAGCUCUUUGAAGCAGCGAAACGCAGCAUUCAAUUGUUCCUGGAGGACCGACGAAAGGCCGAUGUCAGUGCUGCAAUCAGCGGGAUGCAUGGGUCGGGCUCAAAUGGAGGUGACUCGAGCAGCAAUACCCCCGUUUGGCUUGUUCAGGCAAUGCUUCUUAAUGUUAUCUAUGGAUUGCAAUGUGGUGACAGAGCAGCUUGUGAAAUUGCUGUUACCCACUGCGGGGCAUUGGUUUCUUUGGCAAGGUCCGCAGGUUUGACGCGCCCAACAGCUAUUCCUGCCAUGAAUUCUGUUAAGCAAGAAGAUGGCGAUAUUCAGAUGGGGGAUUUGGAUCUGGGGUCGUUUGAUGGAAGUGUUGGUAGUGAUGGAUGGGGAGGACUUGGGAUCAAAAUGGAGGCCGAUGAAAACGUCGAAUGGACGAGCUGGAUCAUGGCCGAGGAAAGGAAGAGGACCCUGUAUGCGGUGCACUUUCUCUCUAGCUUGCUCGUUGCUGCACACAACCUGUCCCCGACACUUAUGAACAACGAGAUCCGCCUCGAUUUGCCUUGCAACGAGGAGUUGUGGUCUUCGCACGAUGCUGCUGAAUGGCAACAAAGAGGCGGCCUCGUUGCUGCCUCCAAGAGCUCGGUUAGUUUCGCGAAUGCGCUUAACGGACUUUUGUCCACAGGCCAACAGCAAUACGGUCCCCCGGGUAAAUUCCAGAAUUUCACCAACGGCCAACAAGGAGGAAUCCCACCCUACCCGCCUUCUGGGAUCAUUCCCAGUACAUUUGGAUGUCUUGUCCUCAUAUGUGCGCUUCAUGUGUACAUUUGGGAGACACGCCAAAGGCACCACGCCCGUCACUGGACUUCGGCGGAAGCAGAAGCGAUGCACGCGCACAUUGAGCCUGCCCUGAAAGCAUGGCAAGCAGCGUGGUACAGUAGCCCGCAUCACAGCAUCGAGCGACCAAAUCCAUACUCAAUGGGCCCUCUAUCAGCCGACUGCAUUCCUCUCCUCGAUCUUGCGUACAUCCGUCUCUUUGUAGAUUUGGGAAGAGCAAAGGAGUUCUUUUGGGCAAGGGAUUACGAUGCCAUGGCAGAGGAGAUUGCUCGUGGAUGGGAUAAUGGCCAGAUUACAUCUUCCAGCGCAUCUUCAACCUCAGCGCAGUCUGAUGCGUCGUUUUCUGGUGCGAUGUCGCCCGCUUCUUCUCCUGCCUCUACUUCGCCCUCUCCGAGCCUUCGGCCAAUCAAGAUGGAGCCCGGAACAUCGUUCACAAACAAUGGCAUGCCCGUUAGUCCCAAUGGAGCUUGUUCGAAGCGCGAAAAACAUCUUAGAAAAGCUGCUUUCUACGCCGCGGACUCACUAGCGAUGUCGGAUACCCUUGGCGCCUCAACUUCAUCUUCUUCUACCGCCUGCCGCGAACUCCCCAUCCAGUCUGCACUUUGUACAUUUGAUUGUGCGCAGGUCCUUGCUGAGUGGAUUGCCACUGUCCAGGAACGCGUUGCACCUUUUGUUGGAACCCUUGGCUGCGGUGAUAAGUUCGAAUUAGGAGGAAUUGAGGGGCUAAUGAUUCUCGAAGCUGAGGACCGUAAGCUACUCGGAAAGGUUAUGGAGAUGCUGAGAAACGCGCAGGCGAAGAUGGCUAUGGAUGCUUAUGCUACCGCCAACGGGAGCGGGAUCAUCAACGCAGAUAGUGGUUUGGGUCCCAAGGUGUUGAGAGUUAGUGCCUAUCUUCUGGAUAAGGUGGUUGUGUGGCCUGCUACACGCCUCAUGGCGCAAGCUCUCCGCUCGCAAGCAGAUCAUAUGGAAGUCCGAAACAAUACAAUGCUCGCUCAUCAUAUGCAACACUAA